GCAGGUUUCUCGUUUCCUCUUUCUCAAGAGCAACCUCGAGCAACAUAGCGCAGGAGAAAAAAUCAGGAGUGUGGAAUUAGUUCGCAUAUUAAAUGUGACCGGCCUUCUGUGUGCGCUAUUGCCCAGUGUUUCCAAUGUCAAAGCACAUGCUAAACUCUGUAUCCCUUUGGGACGCAACACUGUGAUAGCAGGGCAGGAACGAUUCCAUAGUCUUGUUGUCACCUUUUUAGAGCGGAGUUGCUUGCUGCUUGUUGGUAUGUGACGUGAACGAGAAUAAGAGUUUUGACGGUUUGGAGAACUGGCAAGACGAGUUCCUUAUCCAGGAUUGGAGCUCGUUGGACACAACAUCUCUGCUAUUUUGCUGUAAUCCUGCUUUCAGCGAGUGAGUAAAAAUAAAAAAUUUGAACAUUCAGAAUGUAUGUCAAUUUGAAAUUUGUCCUUUAUGCCAGCAGUCGUUGCCUAAUGAAAUUUUAGUUGUGCUGGUAGCUUCUGCACCACACAACCAUGGAGAAAGGGAAGUGGAGAGGUCAUAUCAAUCCAGGCCAGGUUGUACAAAGACAGGGUCAGAUCAAAACAAACCUAUUUCUAGAGCAGAAGGGUCACAUCAGAGCGUUCCAGAUACUAAAAAGGCAGGAUCAGAGCAAAGCAUGCCUGUCUGUACAGCUGAGGGGUCAUAUCAAAGCACGCCAGUCCUUACGAAGGAUCAUAUCAAACCACGCCCGUUGCUAGGAAGGGUAAGCAGAGGAAGGAUGUGUCAGGUUGUACAAUGCAGGACCAGAUGAAAGCACACGCGUUUGUGGAAGCGGAAGAGAAAAGAAAGGUCGAGCCAUGAAACAGAAACUGGAGACGGAACACAAUCCAGUUUGUUGUCCAGUGUGUCAUAAGCAGUAUCAAAAUGGACAUGGAUUGACUAUUCACUUGUCAAGAGAGCACGAUGUGCACGGUAAACACUUUGAGACAACACACAAAUUACAAUGUUCUGCUCGUAAGCAACAGGGAGCGGAGUCUUCUCGUUGUGGUGGGAAACGAAGGGCACAUGAGAAUGUUGUUGGAGACGGCGGAGAAUUCAGUAUUGGAGAAAAGACAGAAUACGGGGAUGAGCCAAGUGCAAAAACGAAUGUGGAAGUGGGUGAACACCACUGUGUCGAGGAUGACAUGGAAGCGGAAACUUUUGGCAGUCGAAGAAAUCAGGAGGAAAGAGAACAAAACAUUAGACAAGGGUAGAGAUGAGCAGAUGGAUGUUGAAAGACCUCGUGUGGUGGUGGACACUAUUAUGAACGUCAUUGAUGACUGUUCAUUUGACGAUAUUAAUCCUGAUUUUGUGCGAUGUCUCCGAGGAAUGACGAACUUGAAAAGUUUGAGUACAGCUGACAGAAAGGUCUACGAAAAGAAGCAAGUUUCUGCGGACCGGUUCUGAUGUGUGUCAAUUGGAAGAAAAUCAUGGGCUUAAAGUUGACGAGGACAUUCCCGAGCCAUCUUCUCACGUUUCAGAAAGAGAAGAUCCAAACAUUGUUAAUCAGGUUAUGUUUCGUCAAAAAUCAAUGUUCCUGCACGAUGUUUUGAGAUACUUCCAGCUGGCAUAUCUCCUCUGGUUUCUGAGUAUGAUAUUUUCACAUGCCUCUCAAUAGGAAGGAUCCUCUUUGUUGCAUUUUGGUCUGCCAACAGUUGGAAGAGGAAAUAUGGUGCUUGCUCAGAGAGAGAGAGAGAGAGAGAGAGAGAGAGAGAGAGAGAGAGAGUUCAAUGAGCGAGUGAUGAUUGAAAUGCAAGGUACAAAGGGAGAUACAUACAUGCAUAGCUGGAACUGGUGGUUCUAUGAGAGAGAGAGAGAGAGAGAGAGAGAGAGAGAGAGAGAGAGAGAGAGAGUUCAAUGAGGGAGUGAUGAUUGAAAUGCAAGGUGCAAACUGAGAUACAUACAGAGAGAGAGAGAGAGAGAGAGAGAGAGAGAGAGUUCAAUGAGCGAGUGACGAUUGAAAUGCAAGGUACAAAGUGAGAUACAUACAUACAUAGCUGGGACUGGUGGUUCUAUGAGAGAGAGAGAGAGAGAGAGAGAGAGAGUGAGUUCAAUGAGGGAGUGAUGAUUGAAUUGCAAGGUGCAAACUGAGAUACAUACAUACAUAGCUGGCACUGGUGGUUCUAUGCGAGAGAGAGAGAGAGAGAGAGAGAGAGAGAUUUUAUACCAACUAACAUCUUUGCUUAGUUGAGAACUUGAGACCAAUAUGAACAGGACAAUUUUAUAUACAAGGAGUGAAGGAUUCAAUAACAUUUCCAUUUAUCUUUUCUGAUUCAUAUGGUUUGCGGAAAGAUUCAUCGCUUUGUAAGCCUAGGUUGGGGUCUGGGUGUGUAGGUCAAGCUCUGGGAAGCAGUGGCUCUAGAAAUGUUUGUGUCAAGCUUUGAAAGCAAGUCUGAAGUAGGCAGGUGGUGGGAAGAGGUCUAAUGUGCGACUUUCAGCUCGAAUGUACAUGGUUCUGAUUUCAAAUCUGCAUUUCUUAGAACUGAGUUAGUAUCUAGGGUUCAAGGCUUCGGGUUUGUAGAGUAAGUGGUGAAGUAAACUGAAGUGGCUGAA